UUUUUUGAAUUCUUUUUAAGGUAUUUUAUCGUUUAGAUUUUCUUUAAAUCUCAAUCAUUAUUUUCAUAUUAAAUGAUUUAGGAGUUUUGGAGGGAGUUCCGUUCCUUCUUCCUCCCUGAUAUUCCGGUCGUCUGGUACCCGCCAGUGGCAUAAGCAGUAAUUAUCCCUCCUCUGUUCUUAUCAUCCUUCUUAAAAUGUCUAAAGCCUCAAAUCAAUCUCAGCCGUGAAAACCCCAAAGCUGAAAACUUCCUCUUCCCCUGGCCUGCUCAAGAACCAGAGACCCCCUUCCACGACACAAAAAUGAAAAACCCUCCACCAAAUCUUUUUCGGACUGCCCUCCAACCCCCAUCUAUGAGAAACGCCGUCGUUUAGUUCCCGCCGGCGGGAUGAGCGGGAUCUUUCAAUCUGGCCAAGAUUCUGUAAUGUUUAAAAUUGUGUAAUAGCUCCUGUUUAUAGCUGGGGAUUUUUUCCGUUCCUAAAGGUCCUGUAUUUUGCUGAAUGUUGGGUAUAUAAUAUCAAACUCACUGAGUUUCUACAAAAUUUUCUGAAGAAGUAUUGGGGAUAUAGGGGAACCGUCUGAAUAUGGAGGCAAAUUCUCUUAUUCAGAAACUCAAAAAGCAGAAACUGAAUGAAGAACAAGGCAUUGAUGGGAACAGAAAAAGCUUAAGUAACUUACCUGAGGAUGUUCUUCUAUACAUUCUUUCCUUUCUUCCCAUGAAAGAUGCUAUUAGGACAAGUGUACUUUCUAAAAGCUGGGAAUUCAUUUGGACUUCUAUUCCCAUUCUAGAAUUUAGGAAAACCUUGCCUGCUAGUAGAACGCUUCACAUGGAUUUUGUGGAAAGAGUGUUCUGUCUUCGGGAUGACUCUGAUAUAAAAGGUUUCUUUCUCGAAUGUGAUGUGCAAUGUGAUGUAUCUCGUGUUAAGUCAUGGAUCACUGCUGCAGUAAGGCAUAAUGUUCAAUAUUUGUUUAUCCGCCUUAGGGACUUGAGAGGACAAUUUUCAUUGCCUCAUUGUGUGUUUACUUGUGACACAUUGAAAUGGUUAUUCCUUGAUAUGCAAUGUAUCCUCAAAGUUCCUCCUAUAAAAUGUUUCUCAAAUCUAACAGUGUUAAGAAUCAAAAAUGUUACAUUUUCGGAUGAUUACACAACCCAGCAGCUUUUUUCUGGUCUGCCAGUCCUUGAGGUGUUGUAUUUAAUGGAAUGCAUAUGGGGGUGUCUCAAAGUUAUUAGGAUUUUUGCUCCCAAGCUUCAUUCUCUAACCAUAACCGAGGCUGAUAUGCGGAAUCAGAGUGAUUGUAAUGAUCAGAGUGACUGUGAUGAUGAGAGUGAUUUUGAUGAAGGUGAUUUUGAUGGAAGUUGUCAGAUCAGAAUUUUUGGAGCUAGUCUCAAAUAUUUUUUUUACUCUGGUGAAUUCUUCCAUGAAUAUUGGCUCUACGAUUUAUCCUCACUAGAAAGGGCAAAAAUUGUUGUUACUCGCUCUAAUGUUACUCGCUGUUAUACGAGGGGAAGAGAAGUUGCAUACCGCAUGUUUAAGGUUCUUAUAGGGCUCGCUAAUGUAAAAGACCUAAGACUAUACCGUUCUGCAGAUGAGGUUCUAACAUAUGCACCAGAACUCCUACCUACUGUGCCUAUCUUCAACAACCUAAGGUAUUUGGAAUUGGAGUGGGGAAAUCUCGAUUCUAAAGCGCUAUUGAAGAUAUUGCAAAACUCUCCCUAUCUUGAGAGGCUGAAAUUUUUAGAGAUCGAUGAGGUCUCCGAAUAUGAGAAAGAUGAUAUAAUAUUGGAUCCUAUGCCUCCAUGUUUCUUGUCCUAUCUCAAGUGCAUUGAAGUCGGUAAUUAUGAUGGAUUUGAGAAUGAACUUUCUGCUGUAAAGAUUUUACUCAAGAAUGCAUUUGCCUUGGAUGAAAUGGUUAUAAUUUUUAAAGAGUACGAUGCAGAGAACUUAGAGAAGCAAGAAAAUCUCUACAAACAGUUGGUAGAGUUCCCUAAAGGGUCACAAAAUUGUAAAAUCGUUUUGAAAUGAUCUUUUCUUGAACUCUUACUAUUUGAAAAGGCCAUCAAUUCCUGUAUGGCUUGUUAACCUUUUACCCUACCUAGGCAACUUGCUGUUAUAGAAUGUUGGUUUAUGUUAUUUGUGAAUAUUAGUUUUGAAUCCUCCAAACUUGUAAGCUUAUGUUAAUUUUAUAUGUUCAUUGUU